AGAGGGCACAGCAACACAGGACAGAGAGGGCAUGAAUGCCACAACAAAGAUGGCAGCAUCAUCUACCUCUCCCAUUAUCAUUACUACCAUCUCUUCCAAUACAACGCCCACGCCGAGGACAGAGGGCAAUCGACUACAAAGAGACACCGACCUAGAAGAAAGCCAGUCCAGUUGGAUCCUGCUGUUAAUCUUACUGUUGAUGCUCUUGUUCAUGACUGGAUUUUGUAUGCUGAUGAAAGGCAAGGCCCUGAAAACCCUUUCGAAAUGCUUCGGUUUAAUACAUGGAGAACAUGAAGGUCAGCAGCACUGGAGACAGAAAGCAGGUGACCACCAAAUUUUGUCCAAUUCCCAAUCCAACACCUCAACGGAUCACAGCAUUGAGACUGAGAGACCGCUUGGCAGUGAUGUCAGACAGGUCAAAGGUCAGAGUAUGGGGAUGGCACCCCAAUCUAGUGGUGUGCAGCAGGUCACAGUGAAGCACAAUGGGAAGGGUGAGAACGUCAGCAACACUGUAGGGUCCAUCUACAUCUACUCUCCUGGAACAGUGAUUUUAGGCGCCAACUCGGGCGAUAAAAAGGAAGAGGCAGGAGUUUGCGAAGAAGCCCUUCCCCUUAUCAGCGCACCACAGCAAGAGUCAAAUCCCCCCUCACAGGAGGUCAGAAUAACAAUGAGUGCACAGGAGAAGGCCGAGGAGGAACUGAGCUUGAGUUUUCCUGUGCCAGCAACUGGAAAGUGAGAACUUGAACACGUGGUUUCUUGCAUGAACUUCAGAAUAGCCUUCAACAAGGUUCCAUGUUGAAUCACAAGGCUGAAACUCACAAGUGGCCAGGUGUAGUAUUCCUGGUAGAUCGUGGCAUGAUGCUAAGAUCAUGGUUUCUCUUCUUGAGAAACGCGCAUGCUGACAAUGUAUUGGUUAGGCUACCUUGAAUGAACUGAGAGUCGAUUACAGAAUGCGCGAAUGUUCCAGAUGUAAAGCGCAAAGUAACGAGUUUGGCCUUUUUGCACAUCAAGAAGAUGAUUAAAGGUCGUUCACACCAAGGACGAUAAGAUAACUAUAAAGAUAACGAUAAGGUUA